GCAGGAAAAGGCAACCGCACAGAGCCUCGAAUUCCGACACGGGCUCGAGCAUGGAGAUUUUCGUCUUCUCCGCCUUCCUCUUCCUCCCCGUCUCCGUCCGGGGCUCGGAGAUGGAUGGAGGCGAGGUCGUCCGAUCGCUGUCGUCUCCGAUCGGAGUGCCAGAGAAUCGUCAGGAGCCUUUGUGCGGGAUGAAAGUGCGUCUCUCGUCGGGACAGUCCUCUCCUCUCGUCAGCAUGAAUCAUCCCUACAAUUAUCCAUCCGUGCACUAUUGCAAUUGGAAGUUCUCCUGUCCCUCGGAAAUGACCUUAAGAUGCUCCGACUUCGAUCUCCCCGACUCCCCUCUGUGUUGGCAGUCUGCGUUCCUCUAUGGCGACCAGAAACUCUGUGGAUCUUCGACUGCCCUGGAAAAUCCGGUGAACGUGGGGAAAAAUCUCACAGCGAUCCUUUACGGGUAUCUUUCGAGUAGUUCCGGAUUUAAUUGCACCAUCACGUGUGGUCAGAGCACGAAUGUAUCUCCUCCUCCUGCUUCUACUUCUCCUACUACUCCUAGUGCUGGACCUCCUUCUGCCACCGCUCACGGGACUGAAACUCCUUCUGCCACUCCUCCACCUCCUUCUCCCACUUCUCCCCCUCCUUCUCCUGCUCCUCCUCCUUCUCAACCUUGUGUUUGUGGGAUAUCUGGGAGUCCACCACACGGGAAAAAAAGCAAGGAUCGUUCAGCCAAUUCCUCUCCCUCUGACACUGAUCGAGUGCUCGGAUCAAUUCCCGUUCCCUAUGCGGGGAAGUAUCCCUGGAUGGCAUACUUUUCCGACUCGGGGGAAUUCUGCGGGGGUUCACUCAUCAACGAUCGAUACGUUCUCACCGCGGCUCAAUGUGUCGAUCAGAGUCUCUCGGAAACGUUCUACGUGAACCUGGGAGACUUGGACUGGUCGAUAACCAACGAGAGCAAAUCCAUACGGAUUCCUGCCAGGGCCAUCAUACACCCUCGGUACGAUUCAGUUAAAGGGCUCAACGACAUCGCUCUACUAAAACUGAAGACUCCGGUGAACUUCAAUGAAUUUCCCCACAUCCGUCCCAUCUGCAUCGCCUCCAAUGCCAUCCCAGUCCCUGGGCAAACGUGC